GCGGAGGGCGAGCCCGAGAGGCGGGAGCCCACGGAGGGGUCCCCCGGAGGCGGCCCCGAGGGGGAGGCCGGGGGCGCCCCGCUCACCAACCACCUGGCCGAGCUGCCCAGCGCGCGGGGCGGCGGGGCGGCGCCGGUGAACGGCCGCGGCGAGGGCGAGGACGGCGGCCAGGGCCCGGAGCACGACAUCACCCUCUUCGUCAAGGCUGGCUAUGACGGGGAGAGUAUCGGAAACUGUCCAUUUUCACAGCGUCUCUUUAUGAUCCUCUGGCUCAAAGGUGUGAUAUUUAAUGUGACAACUGUGGAUCUGAAGAGGAAACCCGCAGACCUGCAGAAUCUGGCUCCCGGCACAAACCCUCCUUUUAUGACUUUUGAUGGUGAAGUCCAGACAGAUGUGAAUAAGAUCGAAGAAUUCUUAGAGGAGAAGUUAGCUCCCCCGAGGUACCCUAAACUGGGAACUCAGCACCCCGAAUCUAACUCUGCUGGAAAUGAUGUAUUUGCCAAAUUCUCAGCAUUUAUUAAAAACACCAAGAAGGACACAAACGACAUUUAUGAAAAGAACCUGUUACGGGCCCUGAAGAAGCUGGAUAAUUACUUGAACAGCCCUUUGCCAGAUGAAAUAGAUGCCCAGAUCGCCGAAGAUGUUGCUGUUUCUGGAAGGAAGUUUCUGGAUGGGAAUGAGCUCACCCUGGCAGACUGCAACCUCUUACCCAAGCUCCACAUUAUUAAGAUUGUGGCCAAGAAAUACAGAGAUUUUGAAUUCCCUUCUGAAAUGACUGGCGUCUGGAGAUACUUGAACAAUGCUUACGCUAGAGAUGAGUUCACUAAUACCUGUCCAGCAGACCAGGAGAUUGAGCAUGCGUAUUCAGAUGUUGCAAAAAGAAUGAAGUGAAUCUGGCUGCCCUUUCUAUUCGUUUCUCAUUGAGUGAGCUAGACUUCAAAAAGAGUGUUGGAUGCACUUGCCCCAGUGACCUCCUUUUGUAAAAUAAUGCCAAUGGUGUGACCCGCAGGUCACUACCCCAUGACAUAUGGCCUUUUCUAUCUAGCAUAACAUCACCUCUUACACACACACAGGUGUCCAGUGUGUGUUCACUUAUAACUGGCACACACCGACAUCAUAAUAGCUGAUAUUUAGGGCAUAUGUUUUGCAGUUAAAGUUUCAAAGCAAAUUGACUUUGAGUUCAAGUCCCUUAAUUUUUUCGAAUUUAAUGUUUCUUUGUGUGUGUGUGUGUGUGUG